CGAUGACCAUGAAGACGCGAUUGUCUUUCCGACUUCCUUCAUGUCGUUCAUACUCGACGCGCCUGCCAGAGAAGCCCCGGAUGCGCCAUCCAGACCCUCUGGUUAACAACCCUCACGCGACUACGACCACAUUGCCAGGCGACUUGACAUUUAUUCAUCGCCCUCCUCCGUCGGCGCCCACUCCUCUAUCAUACAUCACAAACCCAGCAUCGCCACUACUCAAGCCUCCAUCGCCCUCGCCUUCUGCAGACGCCUCGCUCCCUCCACUCCUUCACAAGGCCGCGGAGCCAAAACCGCGGAUGUCUGACAAGGACCUCACAGAGAUGCGCCGGCUGCGAGCCAUCAAUCCCGCGUACUACACGCGGAAGCGGCUAGCAGAACGGUUCAACUGCACAGAGACGUUCGUCGGGUACAUGGCCAAGCUAUCGACAGGAGCGCACCGCGUAGCGCUGCAGAAACGUGAGCGCGAGCAUGAGUCGGCACGGAACAAGUGGGGAGAGAAGAAGUUGAUUGUUCGGGAGAUCAGGAGCAAGCGAAAGGAGUUUUGGUAGAGAUCGGGCGGUCACAGGUCAGGUGUCGCUGGCUGUUAGAGUUGAGCGGAGUGGGAGUUUACGCGUUACGACGAUGGGCAGGUCUGUUUUCUGCGCGCGUGUCUAACCUAAUCAUAUGAGCAUGUCUCAACCCUGAGCUCCCUCCG